GACGAUAUAUCGAUAAGAUUUUCGAUAACCGGUCGGAAGCAACUGUAAACAAUAAAAUUAUUUCAUUUGUUUAAAAAAAUUAAAAUUCUGAAAAUUGAAGUCGCCAUGGACGACAUACGCAGCAGCCUGGACAAUAUGGUGGACCAUUUCAACGACAGCAUCACCCACUCGGCGCCCAAGAAGCUACUGUUCAACCGUCUUUCGAUUUCGCUGAGCGACGAUUCCGCGUCAUUGCCAAAAAAGCGACGCGUGGAGCAGGAGUCGCCGAACUGCAGCCUCAACAGCACCACCGACUCCACCAACAACUCGGCGUCCGACUCGAAUGGGACCUGGAAGAUGAACAAAUUGCGCGCGGAGCUCAUCGAGACAAAGGCGCGUCUCAGCCAGGUGCAAGACCAGCUGAAGCAGAACGAAACGAAGCGUCGCAUGGAGCUGUCGCUGGCCGAAAGCAAGGUAUCCGCCUUGAAAAGUCAGUGCGACUUCACCAGCCAGAAGCUUCUGGAUCUGACGAAGGAUAUAGAAAAUAAGCGCGGGCUAGAAAACAGCUACAAAGAGGAAGCGCGGCGUGCCAAGGCAGAGUUGGCAGGGUUGAAGCUGAAGUACGAUGAGACCGUCAAUAAGCUGAAGAACGAGAAGUCGCAGCAGGAGCAAGACGCCCGUGAUGUUCAGCUCUGCAUCAACAACGAGCUGGGCGACUACCGGCGACAGGCCCAGCGCGCCGAACUGGAGCUGCAGUCGACUCUCAAGGAGCUUGAGUGCAUCCGGCAGCGCCACGACGAGUACAAGGCUCGUAUGUCAGGCUACGAGGAGUUGAGAGCUAACUUCGAGAAGCAGCAGCAGAGCCUGAAAGUGGCUGAUGAGCGCAUCAAGGAGCUGGAGUUCGAGAUCCAGUCGUACACGGACUGGAAGCAGGUGACCAAAGUCUCGCAGGAGCGUCUGGCCAGCAUUCCCGAAAUGGACUCCGAGCUGCAACGUUUACGCGUCCAUAACAAGCAGCUGAACAAGAUUAUUGGCGACAAACUGCUGCUCGAGGAGCAGGUUCACGAGUACAAGGCGCGGCUGGACAAGGAGGAGGGGUCUCGCGCCGAGGCGGCCGCGCUGCAGGUGAAGCUUUCGCACACGGAGCGGGAGCUCAAGGAGUGGGUCAAGGUCGCCCAGGAUCACUGUCUGGCCAACACUCUGGUCAGCCCUGUGACCCUGCGCUCCCGCAUCGAGCAGCUGCUUCAAGGGGACAUAGUCCAUGUAUCCGAGAAAUACGCCUCCGAAUCGGAGUCCAAACAGAUGCGCAAUCUUGUGCGGGACUUGGAACAAAAGAUCCGGGUCUACCUCAAGAACAUCGAGGAUCUGAACAUGAGCUUAAAGCGGCACAAGAACUUCAAGGACCGUCUACAGCGCAAGCUGCGCACGGUGUCCAGGGAGCGCGACUUUUACAAGCAGAUGGUGGACAAUUUCGACAAGGAUCUGACCAUGAGCAAUGCAAGCGUGGCUGAGAUGACACAGGACAUGCAGGUGCGCUAUCGCGUUGAUGUCCUGGAGCGCACGUUGACUGGCUACAAGGAUCUGUGUACCACACUGGACCGUGAGAUCCAGGCCAUGCGCGAACAGGAGCAGCUCAGUGAUCCGUCUAGCGAGGACUAUGAAAACGUGAAGAAGGAACUGGACACGCUGCGCCUCGAAAACGACCGCCUACGCAGGCGCAAGGAAGAGCAGGAGCUGGAGAUAAUGCAACGUUGUCUGCGCCAGGACAUCGGCCCGCCCAUCAGCAAGGUGGUGCAUCUCGUUGACAAUCCCGCCGCCGAGGCCUACGAGUCGUCCAAGAACAUGCUCGAGAAGCUGCAGGCCGAGAUCGAGCGUCUGAAGCGGCACAACAAGAAGCUCGAGGAUGCCAACGAGCAGCACCUGAAUGAGACCACCACCAGCACGGGGGGCAUGACCAUGAACUUCAAGGAGCUGAACAAGCUGCGCGCCGAGCUCGAGUCGGCCAACGCCAAGCUGGGCAAGACGAAGGAACACUUUAUGGCGGCCAGAAAGGAGUUCCGCGACGUUGUCUAUAUGCUCCUCGGCUACCGCAUCGAUCGCGUUGGCUACAAGAGCAACUAUCGCGUUACGAGCAUGUAUGCGGAGAGUCCCGACGACUAUUUCUCCAUCGCCCUAAGCGAAAGCAACGAUCUGGCCCUGCUCGAAACCCCCUACUCGGAGACACUACAGCCAGCCCUCGACCAGCAGCUGGCAGCCAAUAACUCAUUCCCCCCAUUCUUCUCUUCCCUCACACUGGAUCUGUUCCAGCGAGCCACCGUCACGAUGACCUAACGGAGGAACUCUAGAUACUUUGCCUUUAUUUAACUCUUAGGUUAAAUUAGUUUUACCUAUGCCUUUGAUUUUAGUCCACUUGGGAUGGUCUUUGGACUACUUGUCGAUAAUAAAUUCUAUAUGGCAGUGUAAGAGGGGUGUGGAAAUGUAUUUGCCAAAUUAAAAUGAGUUAAAUUUGUCUGUGGAAGAAAUAAGCAGAGUUUCAGAUUAGCCUGCGCCAUAGGCAUCUGUGCUCAUUUGCUAAGUUGUAUCAUUUCCUUUAAUUGUGUGCUAAUACUUAAUUGAUUCCAUCAGAUAUGCGACUAAAUAAGAUACAAUAUUAUCUAUAAGAUUAAUUAAACACCGCUCGAUACUA